UAAGAAAAAGUUUUCAAAUCGAAGAACCGCGGACAGCAAACGGACGUAAGUAGUACGGAUUAAGAGGGAGUGAAAUGCUUGACCGUAGCAGGCAAUCAGUUGGUGGUACGCUUUAGUAGUACGCCAAUACCUGUCAGUACUUGGAUUAACAGAAACGCGCGUUCUAGAUUUACCUACGGCGCGAGGUUAGAACAAUUUGAACACGGUAUAAACAAAGAACGGGCUAAAGUUAUGUGAAUCUGUACAGGUGAAACGAUAAACACCAUGUUAGUGUUGUUGUGUUUGUGUUGGAUAAACAGCUCAAUGGACGAAGAGAAGGCUUUGCUAAGCCUUUAACGUAUCUUGUUUUGCGUUCUUCAUUUACAGGUUCCCGAUUGCGGUAUGCCUGCUCUUCGCCUCUUUGGUAGGAAAUGGUUAGCUGCAUCGGAUGACCUUGUCUUUCCUGGAUUAUUUGAAAUUGCCCUUAGAGUUAUAUGGUUGAUAUUGGUAGUAUGCGUUCAUAUAGAGUAUUACGCGGAUACAUGGAAUUGUACAAAAGGAGGAGACUAUGUACGAGCUUAUAUUAUAGGAAUGAUGGUCCUGUUGUCACUUGUCAUCCUUGUCCUAGUGGCAUUGGUUAAUCACAGCGCCAAAGGAUCCAUCACAAACGUGGAUGCCAGAAAACUAGUUCCUUCCAUACUGUUGCUCAAAUUGUUCCUUAUCGUUCCCGAAGUGAUUCUCAAUGUUUUCGGGACCAUGUGGGCCUUCUGCAAAGACCUGGUGGUCUGCCCAUAUGAAGGGCACUUUUCCAGAACAGUCAUUGAAGCCCUUGUGAUCUUCAACUGGGCUCUAUUUGGUCUGGCUGUCUUCGGUUUAGCCAUGGUAUUCGAUCCACUGGGUUCCAAGCGAUACCACGAGGUCCAAGAGACGCCCAGUGCAGGAGAGUCCCUACGUCACAGGAAGGGAACCAGCAUAUGGAAGAGACGGUUUAAAUGGGCUUUUUGCUGGGUCAGAUCAGAUGAACAUGGUCAUGAAGCCUUUCAACAAGUUGCCGCUUUACUGAGUGCUCUAUUUCGAAGUACUGACCUGGUUCCAUCAGACAUUUUAGCUGGAUGCAUUCUUCUGCGAGUCAAACAAAAAAGAGAGACUAGAGAAAUGAGACGAAUUUACAUGCUAUCCGCCGAUGAACCAAAAUACUCUACUGAUAUCAACAAGGUGUUUUCCAUAGCACCCAAAUGGAUGAAUCUGGAAAACGCUAGACAUUUCCUAAGAUUGUCAAUGGCGGCCUACGGUUGGCCCCUGGUCAUGUACCUUCAUUGUGGAACUGGAUUUUUUCGACUGCUCAACAACAUUUCAUGUUGUUCGUGUUUCGGGAGACCCGAGUACACUUUGGUCGUGGAUGACAAUUGCUGCUUUUGUCACAUGGCCGGUGUCAAGUACAUUUCCAAAAUCAACGAGCAAGAUAUCUUGUUUGCAUCGUUCAGGAAUCAUGUUUUUGAACUUCCGUUCUGUGUGAUUGCUGAUCACAAGACAUCGAACAUCGUGGUGGCGAUACGGGGUUCCAUAUCUCUCAGAGACAUCUUCACAGACCUGACAGCAACUUCUGACAAAUUUGAAGCCGAGGGACUUCCACCAGAUACCAUGGCCCAUAAGGGCAUGAUUGCUGGAGCAAAUUAUAUAGCGAAGAAGCUUAAAGAGGCUGGUAUUUUGGAAAAGUCUCUGGCUUCCUAUCCAGAUUAUGGAUUGGUGUUAACAGGUCACAGUUUGGGGGCCGGAGUGGCAUGUCUACUGGCCUUCAAGGUUAAGCCCAAAUAUCCAGAUCUCAAAGUCUACGCUUUUGCUACUCCAGCUGGAUUACUUAGUAGAGAGGCUGCCCGACUGACGGAAAGCUUUGUAUUCACGGUUGGACUUGGAGACGACUUUGUCAUGCGGCUUGGAGUUGACAGCAUAGAAAAUCUGAGGACUGGAAUUAUCCAGACACUUCAUGCCAGUAGAUUGCCCAAAUAUCGAAUUUUACUGAAUGGUUUUGGUUACGCUUUGUUCGGUGUACCUCCGAGAGACCUGGAAUCAACCUGGAGGGACGAAAUGAUUCCAGAGACUGGAAGAGCUCCUCUUCUGCUAUCCAGAAACAUUCCAACAGUAGCCGCAUCGACAGAAGCAGCACUCUUAUCCAGAGAUUUAAGUGUCAGAAGGUUUUCAAAAACGCGCUUGUAUCCUGCUGGUAGGAUUUUGCACAUAGUGAGCAGAAAAAAGUCAAAAACAGACAGAAAAACUGGUAAUGGGGCUUCUAACUACGAAAUGCGCUGGGCUGCGGCUGAAGACUUCAUGGAGCUAAAGGUCAUGCCACGCAUGUUACUCGACCACUUGCCAGACAACAUUUACAAUGUGCUAGACACUAUUUUAAGAGAACAAAAAGACAAUGUUAGUGAAAUUAUUUAAACGUUAGUUUAUUUUUUGUGUAUUUGAUUGUAAUUAUCUUGAUUUAAUCUUCAAUCGAAUUUGUUUGUCUCUCUAAGAAACUUUUAAAUGUACAUAACGAAUUUUGUUUUAGAUUUAAGACCAAAUAAGAUAUUGUAAAAAGGCAUUUUAAAGUAUUAUCGGGUGAUAUUUUUUAUAAACAUUCCAAGUAGAGUAGUCUCCUUAAACACAUACAUAUAUAAAACCAAAUUAUAUUUAUAGAAUGAAUAAAUAAAAACACUGACUGAUAA